UUUUUACAUUUAUGGAGCAUUUUACUUCAGUUGGCUGUUGGUAUUUUUAAACCAUUUCUGGUAAAAAAAGAAAGAAAAAAAAGAAAAAAAAGAAAGAUGUUUGCUGAUUGAAUAAUUGGAUUGAGAGACGGACAACAGCGUCUAAAACAAGAGAGUUAGGCCGGGGAAGGAGGAUGAGGUCCGGGUAUAAAGAGUGAUGUCAGCAGUCAGAGACUACAUUCUUUGACCACCGGACACAUACAAGGAGUUUGAGCAUCAGAGGUGCGCUGAUACCUUUAGGAAAAGAAAUAUACCGGAAGUGGCUGUAGAAUGGCUAAGUUAUACAAGAAAACCUCUGGGAAUGGCACACUCACCCUUUACCUGGGAAAGAGAGACUAUGUCGACCAUGUUCAGAAUGUGGACCCUAUCGAGGGAGUGGUGAAACUUGAUCCUGCAGGCCUUGCAGGCAGGAAAGUGUUUGUGAAGCUGGCUUGUGCCUUCCAUUACGGCCGUGAGGACCUGGAUGUCAUUGGACUGUCCUUUAGGAAAGACAUCUGGGUCAAGCACAUCCAGUUGUACCCUGAUGCUGGCCACAAACCCAACCUCACUCCCAUGCAUGUCUGCCUGCUCAAGAAGGCAGGAGAGCAAGGCCGUGCCUUCACUUUCGAUAUUGCCACAAACCUUCCCUGCUCUGUUACACUCCAGCCAGGACCAGAUAAUGCUGGAAAGGCUUGCGGUGUGGACUUUGAAGUCAAGACGUACAUUGCAACUGAGGCAGACCCCGAAGAGAAACUUGAUAGGAAGGACACUGCUCGCAUGACCGUCCGUAAGAUCCAGUUUGCCCCAGACGCGACUGGUGCUCCUGGGCCCAGGGCCGACAUCUGCAAGAGCUUCAUGAUGUCGGACAAGCCUGUCCACCUACAGGCCUCGCUGGAAAAGGAGAUCUACUAUCAUGGAGAUCCGAUCAACGUCAACAUCAAAGUCAAAAAUGAAACCUCCAGAACAGUGACAAAAAUCAAAAUCAUAGUUGAGCAGACUACAGACGUGGUUCUCUACUCCGCAGACAAAUACACCAAAACCGUACUUUCUCAAGACUUUGGAGAGACAAUAGAUGCCAAUAGCACAUUCGAUAAAUCCCUUGCCAUCACCCCCCUACUGGCCGAAAACAAGAAGAAGCGCGGCCUGGCGCUGGAAGGCAGACUGAAGGACGAGGACACGAACCUGGCCUCCAACACUAUUAUUAGAGCCGGUAUGGAUAAGGAAGUGUUGGGAAUCUUGGUUUCCUACAAAAUCAAGGUCAACUUGAUGGUGUCUUCAGGAGGCUUGUUGGGAGGUCUCACAGCCAGUGACAUACAGGUGGAGCUCCCGCUGAUUCUCAUGCAUCCCAAACCCCAAGAAGUAAGGGAGGUUACCCUUGAGGUUGAGUAAAUUCCCUCAGCAGUAGAGAAAAGAAAGAGGGACUGCAAAGACGAAUGGAGCAACGCCGUUGACAGCUGCUCAGAUUGAGACUGACGAACAAACCAAAGAAUAAACAGGAAUACCUCAUAAGAAGAACCAUCCAUCAAAAACACACGAUAUUGAUUUAUUUGACUAAUACAGACAUGUCCUCAGUUGUGGUUUUGUGAGCUUGUACUGUAUGUUGAUAUCCAGCCAUGCAUCUGAAUCAUAUCGCUUUACCAUUCACUUAGUACUUCUCACAUAAAUCCAUGGGGGGAGUCAAUGAUCACAUCCAACCAGUGGCGACGCGUCAUUCAGGGCAGCUGAGGCCGUUUUGAACCAGUUUUUUUUGUUAGCCUGUUUUGCAUGCUAUUUUGGCAUUCAUACGUGUCACAUAUCAGUUUGCAAAUUAUGUCAAACAUGGUCUUUUUUUUUUUUCUUGAGCAAGGCAGCUCCAAUAUGCAGGUGUUUCAGCCUAGCUCAGUACUUUUUAUGGUGGUGGGGCAGCCAGCGGAAAAUAUGGAGCGUAGGAUUUGUUCUCUAGUUGCGCCAUGAUUGCCUCAGUGUUCUGUCACUCAUGGGGACACUAUGUCACCGAAAAAUCUACGGGUGGAGCUUGAAAUGUCAAUCCCCUUGAGUGCUGCCAUAGACUUACAUUAGAAGUGCCCAUACAAGAAGGCUCAAGGUCAUUAGCCACAGAUAAAAUGACGUUAAAUCACGUUAUAUCUACCGUAGCUUUGAUUGGACUGAUCAUGUGAACAUCAUACUUCCAAAAUCUUAGCUAGCAAUCUAGACAAGCAGUCAUCAUCAUGCAUCAAGUCGGUAAUCUACUGCCAAAUCCUUUUCAAUCCUUGAAGAGAAAUUACAGAUAAAACGGAUCGGUGCUCAUCGGCCAUUGGACAUUACACAACAAGUUGGAAAUCGCAAAUUCAACAAUGAGUGCUCACUGCAGCCCCGGGUUCGAUCCCAGGUUGUGUCACAGCCGGCUGUGCCCGGGAGACCCAUAAGGCGGCACACAAUUGGCCCAGCGUCAUCCGGGUUAGGGGAGGGUUUGGUCGGCAGCAAUGUCCUUGUCUCAUCGUGCUGUAGCAACUCCUUGUGGUGGGCCGGGUGCCUGCAAGCUGACUUCGGUCAUCAGUUUGACAGUGUUUCCUCCGACACAUUGGUGCGGCUUGCUUCCGAGUUAAGUGAGCAGUGUUUCAAGAAGCAUUGCUGCUUGGCUCUCAACCUUCGCCAAGUCCAUAGGGGAGUUACAGAGAUGAGACAAGAUUGUAACUACCAAUUGGAUAUCACGGAAAAAGGGGGAAAUGUCAGACUUCAGUGAGUUCAAGACGACUGGGAACUCAGAUAAAACCAGCUCUGACUGGGAAAUACAGAAAAUAAGUUUGAAUGGUCAUCCAACUCAGAAUUCCAAGUCGGAAUUUCGGGCCUAUUUCUAGAGCCCACUAGAAAGACUGACGUGCCACCUUCCUGUUCAAGUGAGCACAGCACAACAAAAAUGUGCUGUGUCCAAAAAUGUAUUUUAUGCUGCUGCAUAACCAUGCAUAAUGAUGUUUUGCCCCUAAACAGGAUUGACAUGCUAAAAUUGCCACUGCAUCUAACAUACAGGGGGGUUUAUUGGUUUGUCAAUAAAAUCCUACUCAUAAACUACUCCAACCAACACGGUGUCCAGUUGUUUAUCAUGUUCAAAGAAUUGUGUUUUUCUGUGAGAUGUAUGUUUUUGGCUGAUAAGUAAUUGAACCAAAUAAAAACACCACAU